GCCGGCGGGCCGCGCACGAGCGGCCGCGCGCGCGGCCGCGGCAGGGCCCGGAAGCCCGGGGGCCGCGGCCGGCAGGCCGGGAGGCCGGGCGCGCCCGGCAGCCGCACGGCGUCCGCGCAGACGCCGGCGACCAUGAUCGCCAGGUGGACAGCCGAAAGGUUCGCCGAGUUCUGCGUCCUCCUUG